AAGACAACCAGACUAGGAGACUGCUGCACGUCAGUUGAGCGUUGUCUGAUUUUAUGAAAAUGUUCAAGCUCAUCCUGGCCUUGUUGUGUUUCGUCAUCUUCUGUGGUAAGUUUUAAGUCAGUUUGAUGUAAGACUACAUGAGUGAAAGGUGAUGGUAAAGUGAAAACUAUGUUUAGAAUAUCAUUGGCAAUAGGCUGUUUAAAAAAAAAAAACACAAAACAAGCUACUUUGUUCCACUUUGGUAAAACUUUAUUAACAUCAUGCACUUAGAUUACAAUAUCUGAUAUGCCAGUAGCGUGUAAAUUCUAGGGUAUCAGCAAGAUAGCAGGUUGCUCAUUUUUAAGUACGCAUCCUACAAAUUCGAAUACGCCUAUGACAAACUGAAACAGACUGAACAAGAACAAACAAUCUGUUCUGCCUAUUCCUCUAUGAAUCAUGGCUAUGUAAUGUAUGUCUUUUGGUACAGCAUGGGUGGUACGUGGGUUAGAGUGCUUUUGAGUGCACAACUAGACCAUUGCUUUUACAUUGCCUUUUCAAAUUAAAAGUUCAGUACACUUCUAAAUAUCAGUUAAUUGAGGAUCGUAACAAAAACACGAUGGGACAUUUAACAGCCUUCACCUGAGACGUCUGCAGAGCACUCAACGCGUAACUAAUACACAUGUUCUAGAACUGAUCAAAAUGUGCAGUUUGUUGUCCACACUUAGAAGAAUUGCCAUUGCUGGCUGCAUGCACGAUGCAUAGACCAUGGACGCAUGUCGUUUUCUUUACUCACUGCUGUAUAGGAAGCUGUUUGAACGGGUCAAGACUCAAAGAAGAAAUAUAAGAAAUAAUCGUAUUUUGUUAAUUACUGUAAUAUUAAUUGAAAACUGUGAAAAGUAUUUAAGUUAUCUUGUAGUUAAAGAGCUCAUGAUAGUUACGCCUCACUAUUUUCUUCCCCAGAAUGCAAUAAGUUAAGACGAGAUGACGCCUGUUAUCAGUUGGAGCUAUGCCAAUCGCCUUUGGCAAUAAUACAAUUCAAUUACAGGGAAGGAAUGGACGAACAAUUCUGUCAGUGAGUGAAAUAAAGACCUCUAAAUUCUUUUAUCGGCCAGUACAAUUAAACACUAAAUUUUAAAACAUAGUUACUACAUGUUUGUUUUUUUGUAUCUGUGUGUUUAUUAUAUUUUUUUGGUUGCUAUUGUGUUAAAAUUGUGUGUCUGAUAGUCAAGUUAAUAAUGACAUAUUUUCAAUUGAUAACUAUCAGUCCUGUGAGUGAGAAAGCUACAUACGUUUUUUUCCCCAGUUUUUCUGAAUAACGGUACUUAAAAGAGUCCAAUCAUUAAAAGUUAAAAAAAAAUAAUAAUUUACGUUUUAUAAUGGUUCAAAACUUAUUCUCUUCAAAUUAUCAGGAUAUUUAUGAAAUUGAUAUGCUCAAAAUAAUGUCAUUUAAUAGCGCCAUGUUGUAGAUAACAUUGGCUGGGUCUGUUCUACCCUCGUUCUCUAACUACUUUAUGUGGAUGGUUUCCUCGUUCACUCUGUCUCUCGUGCUGCAACAAUCAGGUAAUAAAUAACACUUGGAUGGGUAGCCUUUCUCUUUAAAGAUCUGCUAUACUUUUCACACUCAAGACUUUGAAACUCUGCUCUGACUGUCCUGAAUUGUCGCUCUCGUUCGAAACAAUCUUCUCAAGUCUUUCUUCUACUCCUGUCCAGCGAAGUUCACGGCCGUUCUCCCUUAAUAGCUUCAUUUCCCCUGAACGGCUGAGUGUCCCAAAACCACUAGCUUACAUCUAGACCUCAUCAUACGAGAAACAUGCCACCACUAGAAUCCCACGGUUAUUGGAUUGCUACGUUAAUAGAGACUACAUUCUCCAAAAUCAGAUCCUUUACCCCGUACGCCUAUUCCAUGUCUCUACCUUCUUAUUAACACCGAUCAAGAUUGGCUUUCUCUAUCACAUUCCUUAUUGAACUAACACUAUCCAGAGUCUGCAUGGACAUUACUCAUUUAACUGUAAACUACAAAAGUCAGUACUAAAACUUAAUCGUGAUACCCAUACAGUCACUUAUUUGCAUGGGUUACUAGACUACGUCUUUCAUGUCCUUAUAUAAACCAUUCUUGAAUGCAAAAGUCAACUUCUCCAUACCUUACUGUAUUGUUGCCCGUUCCCUGCCCCUAUCUUUACCUCGUACAUUCCUCGUCAUUUGUGACACACUGUAAAAUCUGUAUGUAACGGACAAUGUUUUCACAUGAAAACAGAGAGGUAGCAUGAGUGAACAGUGAAUGGUGUUGACCAUGUUUUGUCCACGAGGACAAUGAAUUGUAUUUUGAGAUGCAAAUGUGAACUCCACGUUUUUGGAGAGUAAAAUUAUGUUUUUGUCAGAGCGGUUGUUUUGCACGCUUUGCUGGUAAUAAAGUAUGAGUUGACUGAGAUAAGGAGAGCUGAGCGCAAGGAGAGUCAGAGUUAGUCGGAGUUGAGUUAGAGUUGAGAUGUAGUACAGUUGAGCUGAGUUAUAGCAGUGUGAGGACGUGUCUUUCUGAGUGAUGGAAUAUUAUAUAUAUAUAUAAUAUAUAUGUGAAAUGAUUACAUUCAUGCAGGAUUAUUAUUAAUAUUAUCUGUGUAAACUGUGAUUUAAUAAAGUACUGUCAGUUUAACCAGGAUUCAGUAUUCUUAUUUGCGUGCCUGGAUAAUACGAGGAAGAACGAUGAAGUCUUAGCCGGCAUUCUGAAUUACUAACUUAAAACAAGUAACCAUGCUACUGACAUAACCCACAGCCUAAGAAAUAAGUUACAAUGAUAAUGAUGUCAGGACAUGUGGGUGUUACAAAUAUCAACAUAACAUAAGUAACCAUACUACUGACAUAACCCACAGCAUAAGAAAUAAGAUCCCACGCAAUGUCAGAGUAGUUGUGUUACACUGUAUUUGCAGCAUUCGUUAAUUAACUUGAUACGCGUGAGAGACAGUCUGGUGCGUUUGGUAAUAAGUCAGCCAUCGUACUAUGGGACUCUAACCCACGUACCACCCAGGCUGAACUAUCUAAUUAGUCAGUCAUCGUACUAUGGGACUCUAACCCAUGUACCACCCAGGCUGAACUAUCUAAUUAGUCAGUCAUCGUACUAUGGGACUCUAACCCACGUACCACCCAGGCUGAACUAUCUAAUUAGUCAGUCAUCGUACUAUGGGACUCUAACCCAUGUACCAUCCAGGCUGAACUAUCUAAUUAGUCAGUCAUCGUACUGUGAUACUCUAACCCACAUACACCCCAAUGCUGAACUAUCUAAUUAGUCAGCCUUCGUACUAUGGGACUCUAACCCACGUACCACCCAGACUGAACUAUCUAAUUAGUCAGCCAUCGUACUAUGGGACUCUAACCCACGUACCACCCAGGCUGAACUAUCUAAUUAAUCACCCUUCGUACUAUGGGACUCUAACCCACGUACCAUCCAGGCUGAACUAUCUAAUUAGCCAGUCAUCGUACUAUGGGACUCUUACCCACGUACCAACCAGGCUGAACUAUCUAAUUAAUCACCCCUUCGUACUAAGGGACUCUAACCCACGUACCUCCGAGGAUUACGUCUAAUUAGUCAGCCAUCGUACUAUGGGAUUCUAACCCACGUACCACCCAGACUGAACUAUCUAAUUCCACAGCUAUAGUACUGUGGGUCACCCACCCAUGUACCACACAAACUGAACUGUCUACAAUAUUCUAACAAUGCAGGGCUCUUAUAAAGGUUAAAAGAAAACAACACAGACAGUCUGCUAUAUCUUAUUCUCUCCGUAUCUUUUUCCAGAGCGGAGGCUACAUUUAAGAAUUGUAUUGAAGCCUUGGGGACCCAAUGCAACGAAUCCUUUCAUAUAGAAGAAGUUGAAAGGAUGUUGGUGGCUGGCGAGUUCAUUUGUUCAAAUGAAGGAAGUCAAGGUUUGACUCGAGAGACCAAUGUUGUUGUUUUUUUAAAAUUAAAUAGCUAAGCAAACUCUUGAAAACUUUCUCUUUAACUGUCUCAUAAAAUUUCUCAAAGAAUUUUCAAAAUAAUAAUACUCAAGCUAUUGGCUUAAAAAAGUACACCAGUCUGACGUAGAUAUUGAAGAGAAUCAAAUAGUUAUAUAUUUAAUGAUUUAAGUGUUUUUGUCUUUUACAGUAAUCCAUGCUGCUGCUGCUCAGUCAGAUUGUAUCACCAACGCCACUAAGAAAUCGGAGAUGGAAACAACCAUUAGAAAUUGUAAAAUUUCCGCGCUUACCAGUGCAUUUAGGCAGGGACGGCCAGCCAGUGGAUUUGUGGCUGAAGAGUCAACCGAGGAAGCUCUCUUUUGCCAGUAAGAACACAUAAUAUGUUAUAAAAAAACACAAUGAUUAUAGCAAGCGAGUUAUAAUAUAAAAACUACCUUGAAUAUAACCCAAUAUUUAUACAAAAUUGGGGCUGGAUACUCAAUGUAACACCAAAGAAACAAAUUAAUUAAAUACUUUCUGACUCUGAUAAAAACAAAAUGUGAUAUUGAUUUUCUAUUAUUUUCAUUUUGGCACAUUCAUCACAAGAGACGCCUCACAGUAAAGGAAAUAAUUUCUUAUUCGAAAAUAUAAAAUAAAUUUAAAACUUCAAAAGUUUUGUUUUAAAUUUAAGUUUAUGUUUUCCUAUUUUUUAAAUUAAAAAAAUGUAACAUAAGGGAAGGAAAAGGGGUAAGUUAGGCCGAAAAUUUAACAAUUUAAAAACGCAAGACGUCUUAAGUAUUUCCUAGCUAUAAGUCAGCUGUCAAUAAACUCCUAUAGUUACUAUAAUGAUAUCAAUAGUAAUCAUUUAGAAAAAGAGUAAGGUAAGCAUAUGAAAUAUAUAAUAAAAGAAUUGUCUCCAAAUUUUAUGAAGUUAGAAACGUAGAUAUCAUUACAUAGUUACUUCCUUUUUUUAAAAUACGGAAUUGUGAAGAAUUGUCGCCAUUACAGGUACAAAUUGUCGCAAAAUGUCUACCAUUAUUAUUUAGGUAACAUCGGGUCAUAUAUUCUAGUUUAUAAUAUAAAACAGCAAUGAUUAUAACAAAUAAUAUAUAAUAUGAAACUGGCUUGAAGAUAUCACACAACAUAUCAUGCAAAAGUGCCUUAGCUAAAUGUAUCCAUCACCUUUUUAAUAUACAUUAGAAGAUAGAAAAUAUUUUUGUAUUAAAUUGUUCUUAUAUUAUUAAAUCUAAAUGCCUGACGUAAAGAGCUUGAAGGUGUUUAACGCUUAUUAAUGAAACGAAAGUAUUAAGUUAAUUGUGGUGCAUAUUCAGUCAUCUUACAAAAAGACGUUUCUUGAUGCUGAAUUGACAUAAUAAUUUUAUUAUACCGAUGAGUGUUACGUUCUACAAAUUUACACAGCUUAGUUCAGCAUUAUUUGACCUGUGUUACAAAUUACAUCAAUGAAAACUGUGGUGCCAUCUAUGGAGCUUUCCUUCGUGAAUUGAUCCAGAGGACAACGAGGCCGUCAUUAAGAUGUGAGCUUUUUGCGGGACAUGUCCGUAAGUUAAUCAGUAUUUGUAAGACAUGAAUCUAAGUUAACGAGUAUUUGUAAUGAAUUGUCUUUGUAAGUUAUAGAGUUGCUUUGUUUCUAAAAAUAAUAAUAAUAAAGUUUUAGACGAUGUAUUACAUAGAUAAACUGUAUUUGUUUUUAAAUUUCCCAAAAUAUAAUUUCCAAAUAGACUAAUAAGUAAACGUUGGAAAUUGUUCAGAGUUAUGUCAAUUAUUAAAUACAAUAAAAUAACAUCAUUAAAAGAAUCAUUUUUUCAACAUAGUAACGCCAGAACAGCAACAUCCCUGCCAUUGAAAUAAAUUUAAGUAAACUUUUAAAAGUCACAGUAUGUGUUAUUAAAGUAAACGUUAGUAUUAUAUUAAAGAUCUGUGAAAUAGACACUUUAGGGUAAGACAUUAAGUUAUUUCCUAUCAAUUUAAAAACAAAAAAAAAUCUUCCAACAAUUUAAAUUCCUAUAUGUUACAAAAUUCGCCAGUUGACAACAGUACUCAAUAAUUUCAGGUCAGGUUUUUUCAACAAGGGUUUGGGGGGGGGGGGGGGGGGGGAAAAAACAAAAAGGGGGGGGGGGGGGGGGGGGGGAGGGCAAAACCAAAACUUAUUCCGGCUGUUAAGUUGUGUAUUACUGGAGGCACCAGAGUACAUAGUAACUUAAAUAAAUCCUGCAAAUUCAACCAUGCCCUACCCUAUGACGUCCCUUUACAAGGCUGAAACCUUUUAAGUAUGACGAUCUUUCAUUAUUCCAUCAUCCUUUCCUGGCAGUGGUUAGCCCAAAGAUGAGAUAUCACGAGUGAGACAUUCAUGAGAAUAAGACAAUUUUGUUUUAAAAAUUAAGAUCUACUUUAGUAGCAUUUAAAUUCUGUCUUUUGUAUUACCUACACAUAUAUUUUAAUUAAAGAAAUUAUACUGACAUUAAUUUAAUAUUAACAUUAAAUAAACGUAUCUUUACAAACAUUAUGUUGACAAACUUAGGUAAAAGAACACCCUGUUGCCGUUAAAAAGGAUCGUUAAAUAAAAUUGACAUUCAUAACAUCAUUUCUAUUUCAGGUCGCUUGCGAGACGCUGUCUGAGUGGACCGUUUCAAUUACAAUUACGCCUUAAAUGUGGAUACAUCAUUAUUUUUAAAAGCCCACAAAAAGUAAUAACUUACAAAAUCUUUCCCAUUUUUUCCCAUUCAAUUGUUUAUUUUUAAAUUAAAUUUCACCAUUGAAGAUUUAAAGUAAAUAUUACACACAAAAAAAAAGGAUUUUUAAAAAUAUUUCUGACUAUUUAACUUUUUAGUUUACGAGUUUAAGUGGAGGAAAUAUUUAGUACCUAAUAUGUUGAAGAUUGAAUUUUAAAAAAUUAAUAAAUAUAAGACAGGAACUGGUC